AUGAGUGUGGCGAUCGGCCGGACAUCCUUAGCCGCUCGCAGCCAGACGUUCAGGACAACAUAUCCGGGGUUGGCCACCAUUUCCUCUAUCACCGAUGCGCUCAAUGCCAUGGACUCGGUCAUACGUGAUAUUAUUCGCACGUAUGAGACAGGAUCGGUAUGGUUGCACAACUUCUCUCCUGCCCUGAAAUACAAGGAUAUAGUCAUGGCACUGUUCUACGACACUGCGCUGUUAUUGAGAACAUUUCUCUCCCCAGUAUUCUCAUCGGACAACAUCAUCUCUCUGGCCGACGUAUAUGAAAAAGAACGGGGUUACUUGAAUCAACUGCUCUCCGCUUUACAGACCGCACAAUCAUCUCUUCUAUCCAGGCGUCGCUCCCUAACCGAUCUUGUUCCGCACCCCGCUGCUACUCUAUCGCAAGCCGUCGAACUCCUGUCGAGGACUGGAGUUGAAGACCUUCUCGAUGUUCGGAGCAAAAUCUAUGACUUCUAUGGCAACGUCGCACACGAAACACUGGGCGAAUAUCGGGUCGUCUCUCAUGUUCUCAAGCGUCAUUUUUACACCAAGCCUUUCUAUCUUCCUAUCAUAGAACUGGAUGGAUUUGGACUUGACGUCGAUCAAAAUCUUCAAGUAGUGAAGUUCGACGAGGAUUGGAUGAGCAUGUAUACCAGAGCAUUCCAGGAGGUGGGACGAAUAUGGGUUGAACGGAAUCUCAGCCAGAAUACAGUGCCGAUAAUCGGGAAGGCACAAACUAGUUUGUUGCAGAAUAUUGAGAGGCUCAUCUAUCAGGAGCCUACGCACAAUCGCAUGGCAUCGGACAAAUCGUCCGUACGCCAACACCUUCUAGAAAUGUUGACUAGUAUCCGAAGGGAAGUAGCAAGAGAAAUGGACCAGAAGUUCAGCAUCGCAUUUUGCGGCAUGGUGAAAGCGGGCAAAUCUCUAUUCCUCAAUGCACUCAUGGGUUGUCUUGUUCUUCCAAGUGAUGAACUUCCGUCGACUGCCUGGCCAUGCCGUCUCCAGCAUGUAAAAGGACAAGCCCGACCGAGCUUGGAGAUUGAUGCCUCUUACUUCAGACUUGCAAUUGAACAAUUAAAGCAACACAAAUAUUCCAUCCUGAUGGACAAUUUCAAACCUCCAGACGACGAUCCAUUCGCGAUGUCGUUUGACACUGAUGACGAUGACGAUGAUCAGUUUGGUUCCUUUGAAGGCAUCGCGACGCCGACACCGGAAUCACAGGAUACGAGCCAUCAGAUGCAGCUGUACAACAAGUGGGUGGAUUUACAUCCGACAACGAAAGCGAAUUUGCGGUUGUUUGAGCAAGAGUCUUUCGUGCUCCCCGUAUGCGCAAACGGAGAGCGGGAAGUGUCCAAGCUGCUCGCACAGCUCAAUGACAUUGUGCGUCUCUGUAAUAGGCUAGACAUAUCUCUACCGCCACAACGUCAACCCAGUUGGCCAUUGCUAAAGGUUGAAUUUGAAGCACUGCGAGAAAAAGAUAUCACAGGGGACAUCGAGUUCAUCGAUCUUCCGGGGAUUGGAGAGCUGUCUCCUGGCAGCGGCGAUUUCCAUGCGUAUGAGGAUUUGGUGCGGGUGGUAGCGAAAGAAGCCAACGCAAUUGUGCCUAUUGUAUCCUUCAAGGAAGUGUCCAAGGAUGAUUGGAGAUCACAGCUUCCCGCCAUCAUUAAGAAUGGUCUUGGCCGAGCUCCAGAAGUUGUUCUCUGUACCCAUCUAGAUCAGGUUGCGAGAGAUCGUCAGGAACAGCAGAUAGCAAGUGUAGCCAAAGUGUUCUGGCCGAAGAGCACGGACGCUAUCCGACGGGUAUUGAGCUGUUCUUCUCGUCUUGGUAUCGGCGCACGCGCCCUUCUACAGCGUUCGCAAACGGGAAAGCCGAGAUUCAAAGACAUCUGGAAAGAGAGUGAUCUUGCCUAUGACUGCGCAGAACGGAUCUUGGGUAUGGGAAAUGCAGAGCAGAAGUACAAGGAAUUGCGUGCGGAUGAAUGGAGACGGGCUAUCGUCAAAAGGCUUGAAGAGAGCAGGCUGGAAGAGGCUAUUAAGCGCCUGACGAUGGACAUAGUUGCGAGGGAGCGUGGCCUCACCUUGAUGAUGGAAGGUCAAAAGAUUCGAGGGAUGGUGAACAAAUCCUGCUCCGAUCAACAACGUCUUCUAGUAGGCUUAAGCCGUACACCGGAGCAGUACAAAAAGGCGUACGAAGCAUUCAAGCAUACGAAAGCCCAGAUUACCGAGGUUUUGAUAUUUUGGCAAGAGGACGAACAACGUAUGCAGAGAAACUCAACGGAAAAGCUGGAGAAAUCAUUCAAGGUUCUUCAGAAGCAGUGUCUGGACCUCGGACCACAGGCUAUCGUCACCGUAAUGAAACGACCCGAAUGGCAACGAAAGAUCAAACAACUUGAGGAUUCUAACAAGCUGAAAUUCCACCGCAAGGAAGAAGUGGAAUUUUUCUUGCUGGCAAUACAGGAGGAAAUGCAUACAUCACUGGGCACCAUCAAACGCCAAUUCGUCCAGUUCGUUCGCAAUCUAGCCGACCAAACACGCGCAGAGCGUUUCGACAGUCUGAAGCGCAAAAUUCAGAGAUCAAUCAGAGACGAGACCCAGAACGAUCUAAUGGGAACCGUGCUUGAAAAAUUGGAUGUUUAUGGUCAAGACAUUGACACAUUGCUACUCUCAAAACUGGGGAAGAAGGUAUUACGCACCGUCAUCGCCGCGCGUCAUAACGCAGCGAGUGCCUACAAUGCCAUACAGGCCGCUAUGGCUAAACCCUUAUUGUAUGCGUCUUCCCGCAACGCCAACCACGAAGAUGUGAGCGUUGACUCCGGGGACACAAUAAGCAUUGCAACUACUUCAGCGCGAAAUGACGUUGAACAAUUGGGCUUUAUGCUGCGUGCACCCAUUGCGGUGCUUGCUACCAUCCCGUGGUUACUCAGUUCCGGCGUUUGGCCCUUCAUGGCUCGUUCAAAACACUACGUCCUCGACAAAGCAGCGGUCAUAGACGAAAUUGAAACAAGAGCCAUGCGUCCCUAUCUGGAUGGUUUACGAAAGGAGAGCAUGGAGACACUGCGGAACAUCGAGGUCACAAGUUCAACAGUCGCACGGAGGGCAGUCGAAGAUGCGCUCGAGGAAGAAGAGGAUCUGUUUAUCCGUGAACAGCAGGCGCGCAGACAUGGUGGACACAGCGAGCAUGAACUCCGUUCGAAGGCUAUUGCAUCUAUGACUCUGCUUCUGAAUCUCUCGUGUGCAGAGGCAGGAUUAGAGACGCUGCAACGACAUCUGACCGGUUUGAACCUCUCUAGCACAUGA